CAUGUGUGGGAAGGUACAGUGCACUAACGUAAACACCAACAACCCUCCUCCUGGAGGCUCGGUCAGUAACCAGAUCAUCGAUGGUUCUUCGUGUGUCAACGCAGACUUUAACCUGGGCUCUGAUGUUCUGGACCCUGCCUAUGUCAACCAGGGCAGCCCCUGCACCAAGGGGAAGGCCUGCCUUGACUUCCAGUGUGUGAAUGCCUCAGCUCUACUGUCUGUGGACCUCCACUGUGACGCCAACAACACAUGUAACGGCCGAGGGGUGUGUAACAACCAGGGGCACUGCCACUGUAAUGACGGCUGGGGACCUCCUGACUGUGCCAAGUCAGGGAGAGGGGGCAGUGUGGACAGCGGGCCUGCACAGAUAGAUUAUUCCCUGAGGGACGGCCUGCUGAUCUUCUUCCUCCUGGUGGUUCCCAUCCUGGUGCUGCUGGUGUUAGUGCUGCUCUAUGUGUUCAGAAGGGAUACCCUGGAAAGAUGCCUCAAAGGACCACGCUCCAGACGCUCUAGGUAAACAC